AAGAAGAAGACGGCGUUCCGAACGGUCGCGCUUUGAUGUCCUCCGCUCAAAAGGAUCAAUCGGCCACUGGCCGAGGUGCUGCCCAGGCUCAAGCCAGCAGUAAUGACUACCGUAUCGUCCUGCCUCGUCUCCCAACUGGUAAGCUCGUCACCGAUUCCGUUUUUCUACAUGCUGACCUAACCGGACGCCCAUAUCGUGCUCAAGACUUCAGAGACGCUCUCCGGAAGAUUAUAGACUUGAGAGAAAUAAUCUCAAUAGGACAAUUCCAGAUGUCCCACGUCUGGAUGGUGACGUGCAAAUCGCCAUCUGCGAAAGCCAGAUUAGUGACCUGCGGUGAAUUUCUGGUAAAGUCUAAGAGAUGUGUUGUGAUUGAUCCGGAGCCAGCGGAAGUAAAGAUUAAGAUGCUAUGGCUUCCUGAACAUUUAGAGGAUGCUUACAUACGCGAGGCACUACAGACUUUCGGAAAAGUGCUGUCAAUAUCCAAGGAAAGCUGGAAAGUAUCAGAUAUGGAAGAAAUGCGAACUCUCAAUCGAGAUGUUGUUCUGUCACUUGCUGAUGGUGUCAGUGUCGCCGAUAUCCCACACUUACGGACAGUCUGCGGAAUACAAAGCCUUCUACUCGUCCCUGGAAGACCACCACUGUGCCUUCGCUGCCACAAAGUUGGUCACAUUCGCCGUCACUGUCGCACGCCUAGGUGCGACGAUUGCCGACGCUUUGGGCACACGACUGCAGACUGUGUAGUAACGUAUGCUGACAAACUGCGACACCGCACAAGGCCUUCAGAUGACGCACUGCAAGAACACAUCAUGGAUGUCACAGAGGUCCUAGAUGCAACGGGAGAUCUGCCAGCUGACACCAGCGAAGUUCCACCACCGGUCAGCGCAGAAGCUUGCGAGACUGCAUCGACUGAGAUCACAACGGCACAGAAGAGUCAAGAGCCAGAGACCGUUGAAGCAGUUAGCAGCGAACUCGCAAAAGAAGAUAUUCCAGUUGCAGAAACCGCCACUGCUCAGCUAUCGAACCAGUGUCCAACCCCUAUGGAGAACACACACUCCAACAACACUUUGCUGAAGCGCCGUGCCUCGACAACCUCUGUGUCGAGUGAGGAGAACAGCACGCCUAAUGCUUCCAGACAACUGCGUCGCCGACGUUCACCCAAACAUAAAGAGAGGCACCGACGGUCAAGAUCUAGAAGGCCGGGUGUUGGUGGAGGAGAGGAAUCUCCUUCGUCCUCCACGCCUGAUCUCACGCAGCAUUGA